AUGCAGUAUAAUAAUCGAAGUUCGCGUUCCAUAGUUCAAUCACCUUCAUCACCAUGGUUCAUUGAAUCAAUACUUGGUUCAGGUACAUAUGGUUUUGUUGAAUGUGUACGUAAUAUAAAUACACAUCAAAUGUUAGCACGAAAAAUAAUUAAAGUAACAAGUAAGCAAGAAGACGAAAAUGAAUUACCAGCGACAGCUGUAAGAGAAAUUGCUGUUCUUAAAUCGAUUCAUCAUGAAUUUAUUAUUAAAUUGAGCCACGUAGCAUUCGAACCAUUGUAUAAUAGUGGCACAAAUCAUUUAUGUUUAUAUCUUGAAUUUCUCCCGACUGAUCUUAAAAGAUAUAUGGAUGCACUUGGUCCUGGUGAACGAAUUAGUCCAAGACUUGUUAAAAGUUACAGUUAUCAAUUAUUAAGUGCUAUUGAAUGUCUUCAUCGUCAUCGUAUUCUUCAUCGAGAUUUGAAACCACCAAAUAUUUUAAUUGAUUAUGAAGGUCGUUUAAAACUAGCUGAUUUUGGUUUAGCACGACAAUGUCAUAUGCCUGAACGUACAUUAACACAUGAAGUUGUAACAUUAUGGUAUCGACCACCAGAAGUAUUACUCAAUGCACCUACAUACGGUACAGCUUUAGAUGUUUGGGGUUUUGGUUGUGUAUUUGCUGAAAUGACACUUCGAGAACCAUUAUUUCGUGGUGAAUGUGAAAUUGAUCAGUUAUUACUUAUUUUUCGUCUUCUUGGUACACCAACUGUCUCUGAAUGGCCUGAAAUUGCACAAUGUCUUUAUUAUCAAACAGGUCUACCGAGAUUUCCACUCGAUGAUGUUCAACUCUCUCGUUUACCAAUGUCAAGUCAAUGUCGACAAUUUCUUAAAGAUACAUUAAUUUAUAAUCCAAAACAUCGUCGAACAGCUCGACAAUUACUUGAAGAACAUGAAUAUUUAGCUGAAGGAGCAGUUCUCGUUCAUUCAUCAUCGAAAAAUGGAUUAUUGGAACGUCCAAUACGUUCAGUUAUUGAUCGAGCUAUUCGACAACAGAGUGAAAGUAUGAGAAGUGUUCGAUAA